CAUGUAGAAAAUGUAGCACCUUCAUCUACUUUUAAGCCAAGCCAUAUAGCCCACAAAGCUGCUCUUUUCCAAAACUAAUCUGCAUGUAUAAAUUAAACCAGUGCCUUAUUGGAUUUAUGCAACUCAAUCAAUCUUCCAAAUAGACAAAAAAGAACAAAUCAUGGAUAAAUUGUUCCUAGUUUCCUUCCUCGGUUUGCUGAUCACACAUGCAGUUGGUGGAAACAUGUUAUACCACAAAUUCAACAUACUUGGAGAGCUUGAAGACCUCGACAUAGCUGAAGAAGAUAUGGAACUAUUUGAGGACCCAUCUUGGAUAAGUGAACGCGGUGGCAAGGUUCUUGUAAAUGUGGAUAGCUUUGGUGCGGUUGGGGAUGGAGUUUCUGAUGACACCGAGGCGUUUAGAAAAGCAUGGAACACAUCGUGCGCUACUUCAAAAUCAGUUCUCUUGGUUCCUCCUGGACACCGAUAUUUAGUUAAUGCUACAAGGUUUAAGGGGCCAUGUGAAGAGAGGUUGGUUGUUCAGAUUGAUGGAACAAUAGUAGCACCGGAUGAACCUAAUGACUGGGACCCAAAUCUUCCACGAAACUGGCUUGUUUUUUCUAAGCUGGAGGGAGUAGUUUUCCAAGGAAAUGGAGUUAUUGAUGGCUCUGGCAGCAAAUGGUGGGCAUCUUCUUGCAAAAAGAACAAGUCAAAUCCGUGCAGAGGGGCACCAACAGCACUGACUAUUGAUUCAAGCUCAUCUAUUAAGGUAAAGGGUCUUACCAUUCAGAACAGCCAACAGAUGAAUUUCGUCAUUUCCAGGUGUGAAUCUGUUCGAGUAUCUGAAGUACAAGUCUCCUGCCCAGGAGACAGUCCAAACACUGAUGGGAUCCAUAUCACUGGGUCAACUAACGUCGUUCUUCAAGACAGCAAAAUAGGGACAGGAGAUGAUUGCAUCUCAAUUGUUAAUGCUUCAUCUGGUAUCAAGAUGAAGAGAAUAUAUUGUGGACCAGGACAUGGAGUAAGUAUUGGGAGCCUUGGGAAGGAUAACUCGACUGCCAUUGUCACAAAGGUGGUCUUGGAUACAGCACUCCUCAGGGAGACUACAAAUGGUGUCAGGAUUAAAACUUGGCAGGGUGGUUCCGGUUAUGUACGUGGGGUGCGUUUUGAAAAUGUAAGGAUGGAAGAUGUUGCCAACCCCAUCAUUAUCGAUCAGUUCUACUGCGAUUCGCCGAAAACCUGCCAAAACCAGACAUCAGCGGUGCAAAUAAGCCAGAUUAUGUACAGAAACAUUAGCGGGACAACAAAAAGCAAGGAAGCAAUGAAGUUCGCCUGCAGUGAUACGACUCCCUGUAGCAAUAUAGUCCUCAGCAAUAUAAACUUAGAGAAGAAGGAUGGCACCGCAGAGACCUACUGCAACUCUGCUCAAGGCUUUGGCUACGGGAUCGUUCAUCCGUCAGCGGACUGUCUAAGUUCCAAUGACAAAGGCUAUAUUCUCAUUGAUCAUAAAGAAAAUUCUGAGCUUGCUGAACCGACUGGAGAUCAUAUUGUUCACACCGAACUCUAAGCAACCCGUAAGGCAUAUCAAUAACACUGUUAUAGUAUAUCACUAUACAAGUAACUUAGAUAGAGCAGCAAGAGGCCCGAUAGGAGGUUUGAGGCACAUGUUAAAAUUUUUAUGGGAAAUUGCGGAUGUAAUUGAUGUUAUGCUCAAAUUGCAUUGAAACUAAUCCACACAUUAGCAAGGAUAUGUAAAAUGCGGUUUGUAUACAUUGCAGAAUAAACUCAAUUUAAUAAAAUUAUGUACUGAAGUUUUAGUUUUA